GACAACGCAUCACAGAGGAGUCGCCUACCAAGUUGAACCAUGUGGUCCGGUCUUCUUUGGUCUCCAUCACUCCGACUUUAAAAUCUUCGGCGUGAACAAAAUUAUCCUUUACAAAGAACUUUGAAUUCCUCGACCUUUCGUGAUUCUCCAUCUCUACAACAGAGUGAUUUCAGCAUCCUAUGUUGCAAGGAACUCUCACUAAAUCCUCACUGACCCGUCAAUUUCCACAAUGACUUCUAUGGGUACUGAAAAACUGCCGGGCACGCAUUCCGCUGACGAACAGUUUGACGAUGUCGUCGGUUUUAUCUCUAUUCCGGACGAUACGAGUGUAUUCAUAGUAGUCAUGCACAAUGAUCAUCGAUUCUGUAUCAGUGUCUCGGAAUCCAGCCUCAAAGGAGCACCCGUCCAGACCAUGAACGAAUAUCUCCAUUUGUUUUCGCUCCUCGAAUCAGAUGACAGUAAUGCUGAGACUGGCGAUCCCGUGGAGAAAAUGAGCGACUGGGUAAUAGCAGCGUGCUUGACACAGUUUGCUACGCUGGCACCACCAGAGACGAAAUGCCAACCCCAAAAUCUAUUCGACUACUUCAACCCAAACACCUUUUCCCUCGAACUGGUCAUAGCUGACGGAGAAUUAACCGCUGUUCAAAUUGUCGAGGAUAUGCGCAACGCGCCGUUCCUUGUUCCGAAUAUUACACUGUCUGAAUCGAUCGAGCGCCUUGCGGAAAAUAUUCCUCGAGUGGACCCAUCAGAAGUGAAGAUUGACUGGACCGUUCCGUACUAUGUCGUUGCACGGCCGACCAAGGUCUUCGUCGGAGAGGAGGCCUAUUUUUUCAAACCCUCGCCUCGCGGAAUGGAUAGACACAUUGGAAGAGAGAUUGAAACACUUUUUCGCCUUCGACAAAGCGGGCUGGACGUUCAGAUAAACGUACCUGUUCUUCAUGGAUUGGUGCGGUAUGGAGACAGCGCGGGUAUAUCCGGACUUCUGCUCACAUACAUUGAGCACAGAAAUACAUUAGCAGACGUUUUAAGGUCCAUUACCCCAGUAUCCAAGGACCUUAAGCUCAAAUGGCAUCGUCAGGUUAUUCAUAUGCUAUCACAAUUGCACGCAGCUGGAAUCGUGUGGGGAGACGCCAAAACUGACAAUAUCCUUGUGGAUUAUAAUGAUGAUUUAUGGCUGAUUGAUUAUGGCGGAGGCUAUACCCGGGGCUUUGUCGACGAGUCGGUGGCAGAGACUCUUGAAGGUGACUUGCAAGGCUUGUCAGUGCUUGUUGAUUUACUCAAUUCUUAGCAAAAGCAUAUGGAUAUGUAUGGGGCAGUCUUUUAUUGCCUUUGUUUAAUUGAGACUGAAAUUGAGGCCAAAUGAAAAUAUAGCGGGCCGAA